AUGUUUCGGUACCUAAUAGUGGUGGUGACUUUUGUAACAUGUAACUCUGAUGUGACAGCAGAGAAAGAGGGUUUGUUUGUUAUACCUUCAGGAAAUAUAAAGUUUAAUCCUAAUCAGAAGAGCACAUAUGAAGAGGAAAUAUCUUCUCUAAAUCAAUUUUUUAUAGACUACUACAACAAUGCUAACAAUGCUACCAAAGCUGAUGAUACACAGGUGAUUAUAUGUCCCCCAGGAUUUGAACCAAAUGCUACACAAAUCUGUAUUUUGCCAGAGCUUGGAUGUAUUCCAGAAAAUGUUUGGAACUACAACACAAUAUAUCCUUGCAUCAUAUUGUCUUACAAUGGGACAACUAAAUUUGAUCCUUACGAUGACAUUGAGGAAUUACCCAGCCAGAUGCCCAAUCUACUUAAAGACAUAAAUAAAGAGAUCUGGUACCUCAAUAAUAAUACCAUGCCAGAGGUUAUAUGGGUGUCUUGCACAUACGGUAGAAAUGACUACUACGCCCCCAUCGAUACAAACCGAUUAGUCCCCAUCGAUACAAACCUACCAGGCGAUCGGAAACAUAUUAUAGUUGCAUUGAAUCUGUUUCUUUGCAAUGAAAUUAAAAUUAACACCACAGUUGAAAUUACUUGCAAUAUGUGGGCCAAGGGUAUUGACAACGAGAAAACCCUGAAACAUCAGUCAAAUUCACUGUAA